AUGGACGCUUUACGCAACGCCUCCUUCCAGGCAUCGCCAUUGAUGCCCUUCUCAGGGAUCCCCCUGCUAGAUUCCUUCCCGUCUGGAUUUUCGCUCAUCUCGUCGUACUUGCCGCUGGUCUUUCUUCUGACGACGGCGACAGCGUCUCUGCAAUUCUGCAUCCCGGGCGCCGUGGAGUUCCUUAACAGCUUCUUCAUGUCUCAGGUGGAGAUCCGCAUGGACGACGAGAUGUUCGACUACCUGAUGUACUGGAUCUCUCAGCAGAGCUUCUCCCGCAAGGCCACUCGAUUCGUCGCAGGCACCAAGACGCGAAGCCACCUGGUCUGGUACGACGAUUCGGAUGACGACGAUGACGACGAGAUGGAGAAGGACAUGCCGGACAAUUUCGAUGACUACUGGGCGCGGAGAAUCACCCUCGAUAAGAUCAAGCCCAUUCGCAUCACCCCCGCCGAAGGCCAGUAUUGGUUCUGGUACAAGCAUCGCUUGAUCAGUUUCGCGAGGACACCGGACGACAGCAAGCAGAUCAUCACGUGGGGGACACCGACAGAAAGGCUCUAUCUCCGAUGUCUGGGACGAGAUGCCUCUAUUCUGAAGGAGCUUCUGCGUGAGGCCCAGCAGACAUACGUCGACCGCGACGGGAACAAGACCAUCAUCUAUCGGGGACAGAAAAGCGCUGCGGGUGCAGAUCACGACUGGGUGCGGUGCAUGGCCCGUCCGCCCCGUCCGCUGUCGACUGUCGUGCUGGACGAUGCCCAGAAGCAGGCGUUCCUCGAGGACGUGAAGGAGUACCUGCAUCCGCGGACACGCCGCUGGUAUUCCAACCGAGGAAUCCCAUACCGUCGAGGGUACAUGUUCUACGGACCUCCAGGAACCGGCAAGUCGAGUCUGUGUUUUGCGGCUGCGGGGGCGUUGCAUCUGAAAAUCUACCUGGUCAGUCUCAACUCGAAGUCUCUGACCGAGGACAGCCUGGCGGCCAUGUUUCAGAGCUUGCCACGGCGGUGCAUCGUGCUUCUGGAAGACGUCGACGCCGCCGGCAUGACGAACAAGCGCGGAGAUUCAACAUCGGACGCGCCGCCUCAGGGUCCCGGCCAUGCUGCAGCGAUCGGGGAAGAGACGGACAAGGACGACGACAAAACUGCGCAAGGCGUCUCACUGUCUGCUCUGCUGAACAUCAUCGACGGAGUUGCCUCGAGCGAAGGUCGGAUUCUGGUCAUGACCACGAACCACAUCGAGAAGCUCGACCCUGCGCUGCUGCGACCGGGUCGGGUCGACAUGACGAUUGAAUUUGGGUAUUCGGAUCGCGUUUCAAUCCGGGACCUCUUCCUGGCGAUCUACGCCCCGUUGGAGGGUGAUCUUCCAGACGCAAAAAUCGGGAAUGGUGCCGUCAAUUCAGCUUAUCAGGCCACCUCCAAAGCCGAACUUGUCUCUCUCGCUGAGGAAUUUGCGUCGCGGAUCCCCAGCGGAGAGUUCACUCCAGCCGAGAUCCAGGGAUAUCUACUGCAACACAAGCAGGAGCCCGAAUUGGCCAUCAAAGGCGCCGAGGCCUGGGUGCAGGACAUCCGCGAAGAAAAGGCAAGGAAGAGGGCGCAGACAGCAAGCAAAUGA